AUGGCAGCAAGAAAGCUGCAAAGCGAAAUCGACCGGACCUUGAAGAAGGUAUCCGAGGGCGUCGAGCUCUUCGAGAGCAUAUACGAGAAGAUGCAGGCGUCAACAAACCAGACACAGAAGGAGAAGCUGGAGACCGACUUGAAGACACAAAUUAAGAAGCUUCAGCGGUUGCGGGACCAAAUCAAGACAUGGGUCGCAAGUAAUGACAUCAAGGACAAGUCUGCAUUAAUCGAGAACCGCAAGCUGAUAGAGACGCAAAUGGAGAAGUUCAAGGCCUGCGAGAAGGAGAUGAAGACCAAAGCCUUCUCGAAGGAGGGUCUCACUCAAUCCGCUAAGCUCGACCCGAAACAACAAGAGAAGGUCGACACGAUGUCGUGGGUGCAGAACAUGAUGGACGAGCUCAUGGUCCAAGUGGAAUCUGCAGAAGCGGAGAUUGAGAACCUACAAGGCGGGGGUAAGAAGAAGAAGUCUGGGGGUUCAACGACGGAGCGGUUAGAGACGUUGGAAGGGCUCAAUGAGCGACGAAAGUGGCACAUCAGUCGGCUCGAGAUCAUCCUUCGACUGCUGGACAACGGUUCUCUGGCAACAGAGAGGGUCGUUGAACUUCAAGAAGACGUGAAGUACUUUGUCGAGAGCAAUAUGGAGGAAGACUUCGAGGAAGACUCGGGUGUUUACGACGAACUCAACCUUGAUGAGGAGGAAGAGAAGUUCCGAAUGCCCAUCGACGAGAGCGAGAGCGAGGAGUCGGAAGAGGCGAGCGAAGAUCUUCCGCUACGAACACCAUCAAAGAAGCAUGACGAGGAGAGCGUUGCAAGCAGUAACAAACGCGAAAGCCCUGUGCUGAAGAAGGCGACAGCGUCAUUACAACAGAGGAAAACGUCAAUAGCAGCAGAAAUUACACCAAAACCACCACCUCAUGCUAAUUUCGCCCAGCAGUCAGUAGCAAGUAUGGUCAAAGCCCCUGCACCACCGCGAAACGCGUCAGGGUAUGCGAAAGUAGCAGCGGCGGCUGUGGCUCCUGCUGCGUCAUCACAGACACAAUCGUCGCAAUCCGCAGCUCAGGCUACAGUCGUUCCACCUACACCAUCUGCUUCGUCGACAACUGCGUCCAGUUCAAUACCUCCAGACCAACGCUCUGCAAUCGCCUCUUCACCGAGUCUGACGCAUCCAUCUGUCACGAGUCCGAUGCUCUCAUCUGCAGCGUCCGUGUCCCAUCAGCCCGACGAUUCAUUGUACUCCGCUCAUGGCUCGUCGCCCUCGCUCCUUGACGCGGUUCCCAGUUCGAUCGAUGGCCCCGUUACAACAUCAUCUCCUCAGCGUGCGGUGGCGCGGAAAGCGUCGCUUUCCUCUCCCACAUCACUGCAACCCCCAGGCAUUCCACCACCAUCGCAACAGGAGUCUGCUUCUGCUUCACACACGAACGGGGUAGUAUCCACGGCUUCCGCAGUCACGGCACGGGAACUCCCUACACCCUCUCCGCUCCCCACGCCUGCACACGCAUUCCCUGGAUCAAGUUCCGCUGCACCAGGUGUGUCGACCGGCGCAUCACCUCUGCCACAAUCCGUUCAGCAACAACCGCAACCGCCGCAAUUCCCACCUGGUGUGUCUUUGAGCAGUACGCAAGCCACGAAGCUCGCACCUGGGGCGAAUGCGACUGCUCGUCCACCAUCGGUGGCGCCUUCACAACUGCCUACACAGAUCCAGCCGCAGCGGGCGAAUGCGUUCCCCGGCUCGUUGUCGGACCUGGUGAUGUCAUUCGAGAAUGUGAAGCAGAAGGCGCCACAUCGGAUGUCGAACCUCGACCAGGUACACAAGCUCUUGCAAGGUAGCUACUCAAGCAUGCCGCAGCCGCAAGACACCGAAAAGCCCAAGUACUAUGUACCUCGCAACCCCGUACAGACGCCAUCGUACUACCCGCAGUCGCCACACCCACUGCUCAACACCCCCGGCAUUUUCUCGCAGCUCGACGUCGAGACGCUCUUUUACGUGUUCUACUACCACCCGGGCACGUACCAGCAAUAUCUUGCUGCGAAAGAGCUUAAGCGCCAGUCGUGGCGUUUCCAUGUCAAGUACCUCACGUGGUUCCAGCGACACUCAGAGCCGCAGGCGAUCACUGAGGAGUACGAGCAGGGAGUGUACGUCUACUUCGACUGGGAAGGCUCAUGGUGCCAGCGCAAGAAGAGCGAUUUCCGCUUCGAGUACCGCUAUCUCUCCGAGGACUAA